AUGGCCAAGAUUAGGAGACUCUUAGAGACUCCAGAGACUCUUAGCACAGAACUCACUGCCUGGGGACUGAGACAGCAGAGAUGGGCUCCAAGCUCCUCAGCUGAGGCUGCCAGCUAUACCAGCCUUCCAGUCCCAGAUCUGCGGUACCAUCCUUCCGGGUCCCAGGUCUGCGAGCAACUGUACGGACUCCACAGGGCCUCCCAGCCAGUGACUGCAUACACUGCCCAAUCCCUCAGUGGCGGACAGCAGACUGUACAGCCACCAAAGUUGCCAGACCGGCCAAACCACCCAGGUACAGCAGGCCCAUUGGGCCACCUAGGUCUGUGGAUCACUGUUGUGGUUCCGCAGGAUUUCCCACCAGGCACCUGGACCAUCCUACCAGUUCUGUGGCUGCAGCUGGACUCUCAAACCAUCCGCAGACAUGAUGACAUCAGUCUACCUCCCCAAGAGCGGUUCCAGAUCUUAAGCGCUCUAGGGCAGGACAUCAAAAUCAACAAAAAAUUUUCCAAGGCUUCUUACAUGAGCCUGAGAGAUGACUUCUUCCAAAUGGCAGCUGACCUGGAUGAAUGUGGAAAAGAAGAAGGAGCCUUUGUUCUUUAUCAUAAAUUCCUCACAUUAUAUUUGGAAAAACUGAACAUUGGCCCAAAACUCCGAAAAAAAAAUGCCCGUGAAAGAUCGAACUUCAUCAAGAUCAUAAACAAUGUUUUUGAAAGGGCCGAGACUCUAAAAAGGAAACUACUAAAUAAAUAUAAGCUUGAAUACGAAAAAUACCUGAUGGAGAUGAAGGAGAAAGAAGAGGAAGCAGCAGAGCGAGCAGCCUUCUGGGAGGACGUAAGAGAAAUUUUAAAAACAUCAGGAUGUUCCAGCUGGCGCUCUGUACCGCUUGAUCCAUUGUAUGGAUCUAAAGAAAACAAAAGUGGCACAACAUUAACAGCAAAGGAAGCUCAACCUUCCUCAGUACCGACUGAAACCUCCAGCCCAACACAGCACCGUUCAGUAGAGGAGAACGCGAAGGUCUGUACCCCAAGGGCAUCAACACCUGCCAAGCAGCCUGGGGAAAAUAACUCGGAGAAAAGCACAGAAAACAAAAGUGGAGAAGCAGGACCUGCCAUAACGUUAAUAGGAAAGGAAGCUCAACUUUCCUCAGCACCAACUGAAACCUCCAGCCCACCACCACAGUGUGCAGUAGGGGAGAAUACCAAGACCGUCUCCCCAAGCACAUCAAUAUCUUCCAAACAGCCUGGGGAAAAUGGCCCAGAGGAAAGCACAGUUCAGAAAGUCAGAGGCCUACAUUCUGUAAUCAUUCCUCACGAUUUAUGUGAGAAAUUUCUGAAAGCUGCAAGGAAGAACACGAAGAAGAAAAUUGAGACCUGUGGUGUUCUGUGCGGAUCCAUGAUUGGAGAGGAGUACAAGAUCACUCAUAUAGUCCUACCACUCCAAGAAGGAGGCCCGGACUAUUGUUAUGCCACCAACGAAGAGGAGCUGUUUUUCAUUCAAGAGGAACUGGGGCUUCUCACCUUAGGGUGGAUUCAUACCCAUCCAACACAGACAGCAUUCUUGUCCAGUGUGGAUCUACACACUCACUUUGGCUACCAGCAGAUGCUUCCCGAGUCCAUCGCAGUGGUGUGUGCUCCCAAAUACAAAGAAACUGGAAUUUUCUCACUGACACCUACUGGGAUGCAAGAAAUUUCCUGCUGCUCCAAGAGGGGGUUCCAUCCUCAUAGAGAGGAUACUCCUCUCUUCUGUGACUGUGACCAUGUUACCAUCCAGAACACCAAAGUGACAGUCACUGAUUUACGAUAA